GUAUGACAGUUGUUGACCAAAUCAUUUUAUUUCAGCAGAAGCAGAGGUUGACAGUGAAGCAGCAACGCAGACUUAACCGAGAUAAGUUACACUUUUUAAAAACUAACUACAUAAUCUUGAAACAAUAAUAAGGGACACGAAUUAACAUUCAUUUCUAGUUGUAGCUGCACUUGCUAGUGGCUGUCAGUUCAUUCGGAUGUUGCAAAUCUGUUGGUUUUCAGAUUGUCUGGAGCCCGAGGUGCUUUCAAUAGGCACAAGUUGCUUUCAGCUGCUGGUUCAGAUGCCUUGCCCGGAAAAGUCAAAAGAAAGAAAGACAAAUAGGCCAAAACUAGACUGGACGUUUAUCCAGAGGUUCUGCAGCAUCCAGAGGGUUCUGUUCCCAUCAUGGUCCAGUCAGAGUGUGCUAAUGUUCGGGACGUUGCUGAGUGUCACUCUGACAGAGCAGCUGAUCAUUUACCAGGUGGGCAUCCUCCCUAGUCACUUCUACAAUGUGCUGGCAGACAAAGAUUAUUCAGGCUUCAGGAGUCUGAUGGGAACAGCUGUGGUGCUCAUUUUGCUCAACUCCACGCUGAAAAGUCUUGACCAGUACAUUUCCAAUCAAAUGUAUGUCAGCUGGAGGACGACCCUAACUGAGAGCCUUCAUUCGUCCUACUUCCAGGGCAGAUGUUAUUACAUACUGAAUGUGCUCCAAGAGGACAUCGAUAACCCAGACCAGCGGAUCAGUCAGGAUGUGGAGAGGUUUUGUAAGCAGAUGAGCACCAUGGCCAGUCGCUUGAUUGUCUCACCGUUCACAAUUUCUUACUAUACCUACCAAUGCUUUUGCAGCACCGGAUGGAUUGGUCCUGUGAGUAUCUUUGGAUAUUUUGUUGUUGGAACUAUUGCCAAUAAAAUCCUCAUGGGGCCCAUUGUGUCCACUCUGUUUGAGCAAGAGAAGCUGGAGGGAGACUUCAGAUUUAAACACAUGCAAAUUCGUGUCAAUGCAGAGUCCGCCGCUUUUUACAGAGCUGGUAAAGUGGAGCACAUGAGAACUGACCGAAGGCUGCAGGUCCUGCUGGAGACCCAGAAGAGCCUCAUCAACAAGGAGCUCUGGCUUUAUAUUGGAGUGAACACCUUUGAUUACCUUGGAGGGUUCCUCAGCUACAUUAUAAUCGCCAUUCCCAUCUUCACGGGUGUUUAUGAUGGUCUCACUCCAGGUGAACUCAGCGCACUCAUCAGUAAGAAUGCCUUUGUAUGCAUCUACUUGAUAAACGGCUUCACGCAGCUAAUCGACCUGUCUACUACUCUGUCAGAUGUGGCGGGAUACACCCACAGGAUUGGGGAGCUGAGGGAGGCGAUGGAUGACAUCCUUCACAAGCAGUGUGAUUAUGACCCUGCGUCCGGGGAAAGCUACGACUUUGACAGUGACUUUAAUGUCCAUGCGGGCCCUGUGGAUACGGCCUUCAUCCUGGACCACCUUUCGUACAAAUCUCCAUACUCGGACCAGCUCCUGGUGGAGGAUCUGAGUCUAAAAAUCAGCCAGGGGACUCACCUGCUGGUGGUGGGGAACACAGGCACAGGGAAGACGUCCCUGCUGAGGGUCCUCAACCGUCUCUGGGAGGCACACAGCGGUUUUGUCCAAAUGACCACAUGUUUUGGUCCCAGAGGAACCCUCUUCCUACCUCAGAAACCCUACAUGACCGACGGCACGCUGCGUGAACAGGUGAUUUACCCACUGAAGGAUAUUUACCCUGCAUCAGCCUCAUUUUCAGGGUCAGUAGAUGAUGAUAGAAUUGUACAAUUCCUGGAACUAGCAGGAGUGUCAAGCCUCUUGAAACGAGCUGGUGGUCUGGAUGUGAAGGUGGACUGGAACUGGUAUGAUGUUCUGUCUCCAGGUGAAAUGCAACGCCUCUCCUUUGCACGACUCUUCUAUCUGCAGCCAAAAUAUGCAGUUUUAGACGAAGCCACCAGUGCUUUGACAGAGGAAGCUGAGGCUCAACUGUACCGGACCUGUAAACAGUUGGGCAUGACUUUGAUAAGCCUGGGACACCGUAGCAGUCUUGAAAAGGUAAGCUGAAUAAUCAUCAGGUGUACUGAAAACCUAUCAUUUUUUUAUACUUUGCAUCAAAACAGCCACAUCGUCUAAUAAUCUUUUGAAGUGGCAUAGGCAAUUGUUGUUUUGGUUUCAUAAAGUCUUUCAGAGUUUUCCUUUGGUCCGUCACUGCUUUUUCAUUUACUUUUAUCCAGCUCAUUUGUCUGUACAAAACAAAAUGUUAGGGAAUAUUGCUUCAUUGGAGUCAAAGUCCAAACUUUAAACAGCCUCAAGAAAGCAAGGAAGCAGAACCAAGACUUCUCUGAGGGCAGCUAGGACUAUAUGACCUAGCUGCCCUAAAGAGGUCAUAUUGGGUUAAUUUUUAACACAAUUAAAUCAGCAGCUUAACAGGAUAUGGUGGUGAAAAUAAUGAUUGUUUCACCAAUCUUCCAGUAUCACGACAUGCAACUGAAGCUAUGUGGAGAAGGCCGGUGGGAGUUAACCAAGUUAAAAGGAACCAGUGGGACCCUCAGCCUCAGACAAGAAGCCACGUGAACCCACUGACAUGCA